GUCAUGCCGAGCAUCCUUUGCAGAUCCAGCAGGCUGCGUGGCGUGUCUUCACCAGGUUACGGCAUGGACCAGUGUUGCUGCCGCCGCGUUUAGUCGCAGCAUCUCUUGCUUCUAGUUUUUUCUUUCUACCGCUGGACUGCCCUCGGAAAUCGCAGGUUAUGCCACCGCAAGGGCUUCCUGGAUCCCCAGCCGUGAAAGAGAAGGGCUGAUCCCUGUUCUCCCCCAGGUUCCUGCUGCUUUGCACCCCAUCUUUCCCUCCUCCUUUCUCCUGCUUACUCCCCUCUCCCAACUGCACAAACCCCAUCUGACUCCCACACCCACACCUGACCUUGCCACCCCUGUCAUCCUUUACAUCCACAGCAGCUCCAUACCCAGCCUCUCUGCUUAGUUUCACUCCAGCCACACCAGCCGUCUUCUCUGCAGGCUCCUGCCCUUGUCAUUGAACUACUCUUCACCCACUGGCUGCACGCCAGGCCCCAUGGCUACAGGAGGUCAUGCCCCAGAGAUAGAUGUGUUGAUCAACCUACAACAGGUUAAGGUGGAUGAGGAAGAUGAGGAAGGAUCGGUGGAGGAACUGGAGGAAGAAGAGGAGGAGGAGAACUGGGAGAAAGCACUGUCUGUGGAGCGCUUCGCAGACAUCAUCAGUGACUCUGCUUCCACCAGCGGAGACAGGAUGGGCCGACACUACACUGAGAAAGAUUUUGAAUAUCACAGACACACAUUUCACCAUACACACCACCCCUUAUCCACCCACCUGCCCCUGCCCCAGCGAUUACGCAAGAGGGUGUACAGCACGGACAGAAGGCGCAAAAAGAAACGGAAGAAAAAAAAGACCUCUCUCCCCCCCUCCGAUGUAACACCGACCAUCCAAGAGGUAGACGAGGAAGAGGCCGAGUCUGAGACAGAUGGACAGGGAGUGGCUGCCACGCCCACAGAGCUACCUGAUAUCCAACCACAGUUUAGUUUGGGGAGCAAAGAGGACUUGGAGGAACCCCUUCCACCUGCUACCUUCCACGCGGAAAACGAAGAACACCCACUGUCGAGGAAAGUUGCAUCUACUCUGAUAAAGGGGGAGGCUCCUAAUGGGGGAAUUGCCAUUCUUGGACAGAAUGAGGAGGUGCAUGGAGAGGAAGCAGCUUGCAACAGCGUUCCCCGAGGAUCAGACCCCUCGAGUUCAACCACGACCCGCGGCUGGUUCCGUAGGAAGCCCGUCCACCAUCGUCUGGCGGGUGCCCAGCGGAGCAACUAUGACUUGCGGGAGCGGAUCUGCAUCGGCAGCAUGACUGCUCUGGAGACAGCUGUCUACCAGCAGGUGCCCACUGAUGAGGCUGAGGCCCAGAUGUUGGCAAGUGCUGACCUGGAUGACAUGAAAAGUCACAGAUUUGAGGACAACCCCGGGGUGAGACGCCACCUGGUGAAGAAGUCGUCACGAUGUCAGGUGACCCGAGCCAGCAACAGUUCCACACCACUAAGCAGCCUGAAGAAGAAGAAAAGAGCAGCAGAUAAGAAAACCCAUGAGUUGUUUGUGGAGCUGAACGAGCUGAUUGUGGAGAAGGACCAUGAAAUGCGUUGGAAGGAGCGGGCCCGCUGGAUCAAGUUUGAGGAGGAUGUGGAGGAGGAGACAGACCGCUGGGGCAAACCUCAUGUGGCUUCACUCUCAUUCCGCAGCUUGCUGGAGCUUCGCCGCACCAUCACACAGGGUGCCAUCCUUCUGGACCUCGAGCAGAACUCUCUGCCUGGAAUCGCCCAUCUGGUGGUGGAGACGAUGAUCAUCUCUGAUCAGAUCAGAGCUGAGGACAGACCCAGUGUGCUACGGGCUCUGCUUCUCAAACACAGCCAUCCAAGUGAUCUGAAACAUCGUUUUCACCGCCACCACUCAUCCAGCAGUCUUCAUGGUAGCUUCAAUCACAACAACGUCCAGGACACCAGUCUACCACUGGUGGCUGAAGAGCAGGAGGAACACCAUGAUAAUAAAGGGCCGGUAUACGACCCAAAACAAGACGUGUUUGUCAGCCUGUUUAAAUCUCUCCACCCUCUGCCUCCUGAGAGCCAUCCAGCUGCAGCCAGAUCGAUGAAACUUCUUGCCAAGAUUCCCAAAGAUGCUGAAGCUGUCAUUGUUUUAGUUGGCUGUGUUGAGUUCCUGGAGCAGCCAGCCAUGGCCUUUGUCAGGUUGAACGAGGCAGUCCUUCUGGAGUCCGUACUGGAGGUCCCUGUCCCUGUUCGCUUUCUUUUCGUCCUGCUUGGUCCCAGUCAGUCCAACGUUGACUAUCAUGAGAUUGGACGCUCCUUUUCCACUCUCAUGUCUGACAAGAACUUCCACGAGGUGGCCUAUUUUGCUGACGACAGACAGGACCUCCUGAAUGGUAUCAAUGAAUUCUUGGACUGCAGCAUUGUCAUUCCACCCUCAGAUGUGGAGGGCAAAGACCUCCUGAAGACAGUGGCCGACUUCCAGAAGCAGAUGCUGCGCAAGAGGAAGGAGAGAGAACUCAAGAGGCACCACUCCUCAUCUGGAAUGGAGCUGAACAACAAAGAGGUGAGUCCAGAAGAGGAGGAGGAGGAAGACCAGGAGGUGGACCCAUUAAAGCGUUCAGGGAUCCCUUUCGGAGGCCUGAUCCACGACAUACGCCGCCGCUACCCACAAUAUGUCAGCGACUUAAAAGAUGCUGUGGACAUGCAGUGCAUUGCCGCCGUCAUCUUCAUCUACUUUGCUGCACUGUCGCCCACUAUUACCUUUGGAGGCCUGCUGGGAGAAAAAACAGAGGGCAUGAUGGGAGUGACUGAGCUUAUUGUGUCAACUGCAACUCUUGGAGUUAUAUUCUCACUGCUUGCUGGUCAGCCCCUCCUCAUCAUCGGCUUCUCAGGACCGUUACUGGUGUUUGAAGAAGCCUACUACAAGUUCUGUCAGGCCCACAACUUUGAGUACCUGACUGGUCGUGUUUGGAUUGGCUUCUGGCUCAUCUUCAUUGUCCUGGUGAUUGUGGCAGCAGAGGGCAGCUUCCUCGUUCGCUACAUCUCACCCUUUACCCAGGAGAUUUUUGCUUUCCUCAUCUCCCUCAUCUUCAUCUAUGAGACUUUCUCUAAGCUCUUCAAGGUGUUUAGGGAACAUCCGCUGAUGGCAAUGUACCCCAGUGACACCCCUCCAGCUACUGGGCUUCACGAAGUUGAUAGUCCCAUCUUCAACCAGCCCAACACUGCUCUCCUGUCUUUGGUCCUCAUGAUGGGCACUUUCUUUGUUGCUUUCUUCCUCAGGAAAUUCCGAAACAGUCGAUUUUUAGGUGGCAAGGCCAGAAGAAUCAUUGGUGACUUUGGCAUCCCCAUCUCAAUUUUAGUUUCAGUGUUGGUGGAUUACUCCAUUACUGACACUUACACGCAGAAACUCAAUGUACCAUCUGGAUUCUCAGUCACCUCCCCUGACAAGAGAGGGUGGUUCAUCAGCCCCUUUGGUGACAAGCAUCCCUUUCCCACCUGGAUGAUGGGAGCGUCUAUUGUACCUGCCAUUCUUGUCUUCAUCCUCAUCUUCAUGGAAACUCAGAUCACUUCAUUGAUAGUCAGUAAGAAGGAGCGUCGCCUGGUUAAAGGCUCCGGCUUCCACCUGGAUCUUUUGCUCAUCGUCAUUCUGGGUGCCAUCUGUCCUCUUUUUGGCCUGCCGUGGCUCACCGCUGCCACUGUGCGCUCCGUCACUCAUGUCAACGCCCUCACCGUCAUGAGCAAAGCCACUGCGCCCGGCGAAAAGCCCAUGAUCCAGGAGGUGAAGGAACAGAGGCUGACUGGGCUUCUUGUAGCUAUUCUUGUAGGUAUGUCCAUAGUGAUGACGGACGUACUCCGCCUCAUCCCCCUGGCUGUGCUCUUCGGCAUCUUCCUGUACAUGGGGGUCACCUCUCUGACGGGCAUCCAGCUGUAUGAACGCAUCACACUUAUGGUCACGCCCGCUAAGCAUCACCCUGACCACAUCUACGUCACCAAGGUGAAGACAUGGCGUAUGAACAUGUUCACCAUCAUCCAGCUGUUGUGCAUUGUGGCUCUGUGGGUAGUGAAGUCUACUGUGGCCUCCCUGGCGUUCCCCUUCGUCCUCAUCAUGACGGUGCCGCUGCGCCGUCUCAUCCUCUCCAGGAUUUUCGAGGAACGUGAGCUCCAGGCGCUGGAUUGCGACGAGGAUUCCCCCAACUUUGAUGAAGAUGGACGAGAUGAAUACAACGAGAUCCACAUGCUUGUAUAGAUUGAAAUUGGACUCAGCCAGUAGAAUUCCUCCACCCUCCAUCUCCGACCAAUCAGAGCAAGCCUCUUUGGAAACCUCAGUGUCUCUGGGUGGCGUUGACAAAGUGAGAGGAGCUACCGUAAUGGUGUAUGUAAAAAUAUCUAAAGGCUAGAGCUGGAUGAUCUCUUCUUACCUUUGUUUAUUCCAGUUUUAUAAAAGAGCACACCUGAUGUUAGAUCUCUGUGGUUGUGGUGGUGGUCGUGGUGGUGUUGUGUUAAACUCCCUGAGUCCAGAAAAGAGCUCUGAGCACCCUACCUGAAGUGGACGAUGCAAAUCUAGCAAAAAACAUGAACACUUUAUCCAACUUUUUUUCCUAUCAAUCCCUUUAAUUACUCUGCAGGUUCUGGGCAUAAGUGCAAUGAUGAUGGUGACCUCUGGGACUACAGUGGGUGGGAUUAUUUAGAUUUAUUUUUGUCCCGAAAGUGGGAAAAAGGGUCAAUUUGCUUUCAUUUCAUUUUAUUUCAUUCAGGAAGUGGAUUUUCAUCAAAAUUCAUUAUUGUUCUUGUGAAUUGACCCUAAAUCUCAAAGCCCUGAAUUCCACUGCCUGUGAAAUUUAGCUGCCUUUUUUCCUUUAUACUACUGCCAUUGCCUAUAGGUUGCAAUGAUGUGCAAGCAAGGAGUUAAGUAGUCCCUUUCCUUUCUGUACAGUCUUUUAGUAAUGAGCACUUUGACUGGGCAAAAGUUCACUUUUGUCGCUGCCAACCAAGCUCCCUGGCACAAAGCCUCCUCUCUAAAUGUAGUCUCCCCUUGAAGCCAAAAUUUCUACAGAGACUGUGCGAGCCUCUUCAAGGGGUGUUACUGUACUUUGUUAGGUGUUUAAUGCCCAACAUACCAGUUCACUGACCCUGUUAUUGUGACCUUGGAUGUAUAAGUAAAUAGCUAACAUGGUCUCAACCUUAUUUUUCUACUGUGUUGUAUCUGUUUAUUUUGUGACCUUUGGACUUAAUGCCAUGCCAGAUUCUCAGUGAUGUUGAAAUAGCUCAAACUGUUAAAAGAGUUAAUAUAUAAUAAAAAGAAACAUUGUGUAGGUUGACACAUUCAGCCAUCAUUCACCCGUUCUUUCAUCUUCUCUGCAAUAUUUCCACGGCGUGGUGCAUUUUUCAGAGAUGUCAUGAAUAAUAUAAUAACACACUCGACUGGAAAAGCAUAGAAACUAAGCAAACACACAAGGACUGAAAAUGCUGGGGAACACUUGAGUGUUGGCAGGGUGUAUGAAUGAUGCAUUGUACAGUUAGACUGUGAGCUUGGAAUUAUAAUAUACCAUCUGUGCUCAGAGUUGUUUUGCAGAGAUUUAGUUUUACGCCCUAUAUUGCGAGCCCACUAUAGAAUUGUAAUCAUUAAGUCAUGACACCUGUAAUCAGAAUCCUUAUGUCUGCCACACAGAAACACCAGUUGUUAAAGCUACUGUACAUAGAAAUGGCACAAAGAGAUUUAAUUAUCCUGUAACAAGUUGUGCACAGAUUUCUGAUUUAGGAAGAAGAGGAAGAAAUUGAUGUGAUUUUAAGAAAAGGUCAAUGAGUUAGACUCUACUCUGACAAACCCUCCACUCAUACUUCAUUUUGGAAUAUUCUGUCAAUGUUGUUGUAGAAAUGACAUUGUCUUGACAGUUUCUCGGAAAUGUGCUAGAAGGAUUAGCCCAUUUAACAUAGAGAAAGGUUUCUGCACAUGGUCACUAUUCCUAAAAUUCAAUACUUAGUCUAUAAACUUUUGGAGUGAAUAGAAUGCAGACUCCUUCCUCCUUCUGUCCUUACACCUUUGGUUUCUACCCCAGUGUCCACCUCUGCACUGUAUCUGCUGCAAAGGAUAAAGAAAGUCAAAGUGGAAUCAGUAAAGAGACUUUGUGUGGCAGCUUAGGAGGUUUCUGUAAAUAACUAUUAAAUAUGAUAAAAUAGAAAAAAAGUCAUUAUGUUUUCAUGUAUUUACCUGACAAUAAUGAUUACUGCUGCAGGCAUACAAUCAACGAAAAAAAUCCCAAAGUGCUAAAAAGUGACACACAGAUUAUGACUUUUUAAAAGUACAUUAAAAGACAUUUAAAGGUCAGCAGUGUAGAGUAGUUUUUGUAUGCUAACCACAAGAAUUAGUAUAUCUCAUUUCACGUAACCGUGUCCUACAUUACGAGCCAUGCAAGAAUUCUGUCUCAGGGGAAACUGACCUUCGAUCUGUAAAUAUCACUUCCCAGCCUUUUAGUUUGCUGUCUCUUGUGUGUACAUAAAGCGGUCAAGGCAAUCCAACACUUGCGAUGUAAAAAAAUAUACGGCUUACAGUCCAGGCUUUUGUGUUACACAAUGGAGAAAAUGAGGGCAAGCGAAGAGAAUAAUGUGUUUAUACCAGUGACGUGACAAGGAGUUAUAACUGAAUUAAUCCUCCAUUGUUCUCUUUAGGCCUACACGUGAAGCUUCACUUUGAUGUGAAGCGUUUACCUGGUGUAGUACGUGUUUAAUUCUGCAGCUCCCCAAGUUAAUGAGUUACUGAGUGUGCUUUACAUUAAGACUCUAUAGCAGUUUAAUUUAAUGUAGGCUUAAUGGACCUUUUCAACCACAUGUUUAUGUUUUAGGGUUUACAAAGACUGGACAGGCAAACUGAGAGCUAAGACACUGAUAAGUUAUCUCCAUUAUACUCUAUUAUACAUGGCCCCACUAUGUUUGUGACAUUAUUGAAUGUAAAUGUUUGGCUGCCCAUAUUUUCAGGCACAUGAUUUCGCUUGUCAGAUUAAGCAAAACUGAUUCCACUUUAUGGAGGCUCACUGACGACAAAGCUAUUGAGCGACCAUGAAUAAAUUUUAGUUGAGCACACAAGAAGCAUUAUAUGUUAGAUGUAAGCAAGCAGGGCUCUCGUCAUAAUUGUAAGAAUUUUUAGGUUUAGCCAACCUCCCAGUUCCAUAAGCAAAUUUAUAAACUGGAAAAAAAACUUAAAUUGUAUUAAUAUUAAAAUAUUUUCCAUGUUUAAUUCAACAACAGUUUUAUUGUUGCUUAUUUUGUUAUGUUUUUUUUUUUUAUUUAUUUAAAACAAAUACAUGCCACAGAGUAUCCCUACAUGGUUGUCCAAGAACUCUCUCCCCUCUGUCAGGAAUUAAUGUCUAGUUGGGAAAAUUAUUUUUUCCAUUUUAUAUUGAGUCAUUUUUCUUGGUCUGGAUAUAAUCAGAUUUAAAUUUCAACCAUGCUUUAAAUGUUACUACAGUUCAGAUCCCAAAAUACAGAAGACAUGGCCUCUGUACUUAGCUACAGCCCUAAAAGCUAGCAGUAAGGCUUCCUUUGCGUUCUGUCUUCAAAGUCACUUGCUAUGUGUUUUGGCACUAUAUAUUUGUUUCAUGUGAACUCCAACUGAAAACAGAACAGUCUAUUAGAGUUGACCUGGAGUAUCAUCUGAUCAGAAGAUUUUAAUUGUGACCUUAAUAACUGGACAUACUCAUGUCUUGUCAAAGCCUGUUAGCCAAAAAUUGCUGGCAAGCAGUUUGAUAUUGUCAAGACCUCAGAGACUCAGCUGAAAUAGCUUGAGAAAAUUGAGAACAGAUUUUACAACAUGUUUUACACAAAACUUGCAUUGAGAUGAUAAAUAUGUUGAGCUCGUUGUCAUUCCCAGGUUGUCAAAUACCCAACGCUUUGUCACGCUCCUUGGCGUGAUAUCGACACCAAAGGCACAUUGUGGCAUCUUUAUGAGACACAAUGGGCUUUCAACUACUAUCUCCAGUUUAAAACCAUCCGCUGUAAUACUUGAUGCCUAGGCAGCUGACGUGGUAUAAAGAUUGAGUAAGUCUGUGCAGGGUGGGAGGGAGGAGAGGUGGAGACCACUGUUUGUCUCCUGCGUAAAAUCAAAGGUCAGUGUUGUUUUAAUGUAACGUUACAUAACUUGGGUACCCAUUUCCAGUAUGAAACCAAAAGUCACUGUUGUGUUACAGGAGUCAGCAACCUUUGCCAUCAAAAGAACCAUUUUUGGCCUGAAUGUACUUUUUUUAAAUUUUCUUUUUCUGGGGCUGGAAUACAUAUUUGUGCUUUAUGAUAAAAGUAACACAGCCUAUUAGGUCUAAAUUAGCCAAUCAAUAUUACUAAUAGCUCUAAAUGAGCAUCCGUUAAUAUGUUUUAGCACACGGUGGCUACUCUGCAGUGGGCUACUUGUGAUUAUUUUGUACUACAACAGUUCAGCGUUGGCUGUGAAGGCAAAGAAAUCCUUUUCCUCUGAGGCUUUUUUGCAUUUGGAAUCAAUAGCUAGGCACGGGAGACUCCACUGCAAGCUAGCCACUGCCAUUUAGGUUUACAAACAUUUAGGAGAAGGGACCAGGUCAUAGACGUAUGACGCACACUUUAGUUGACAGAACUUUUUUUUUUUUUUUUUUUGAGUGUAUAGGUUAGACAUGUUUACAACUGAAAAAUGUAAGAAUCACUUUAGGCCUACAGCAAUGACAAAUUAAAAUGUUGAAAAUUAACUUAGUCAUUUCCAUAUAUUUUUUUGUAAAAGCCACAUAGAGCCAUGGGAGAGGGGCUAAAGAGCCGCAUGUAGCUCCAGAGCCGCUGGUUGCCUACACCUGUGUUAACAUCAUAUUACACUACACUUAUUUGUACCCAAAACAUGUUUUUUUUCUAAACUUAACCAAGCAGGUUUGAUUUGUUUUUCUUUUGUUUUUUUGCUAAACCAUUUCAAAUCAACCACCUGUUAAAAUGUGUUUCAGCUAUACCUCGCAUAGAUACAGUAGUAGUAGUAGUGCCCUGUGCGUUGAUAACAGACACGGAGGGGCAUUUCAAAUUUGACGACUUUGAAAUGACAACGGGCGGAUCUGUACCUGUACACUCUCAUGCUGACUAGAAUUUGAAUUUGUUUUGUGCUCAAUAAAUAGUUUUGUCAUUAAUCACCUUCCAUACCUAACCAGCGCAGGCUAAUAUUCACACAACACUUACAUGUGCAGUCCUAUGAGAAGCAAAGAUUAGAUGGACACCAGCUGUGAUCCUCUGAUCAAAACAAUUUUGACUUGAUCAAACAAAAUGUCCAUUUAAAUAAGAUGACAAUCAUUGUGUGGGUGUAAAUUUUGUCUUAACAAACACUAAAUUAGCUUGUUUACAUCUGAUGUGAAUUUUGACCAAUCCGUUUUUAGUUCAAGUUGUUGCAACUGCCGUCUAAAUUCAGUGGAACUAUGUAUUUGCUGUGCUGGUCAACCCACAGUGGUAAAAGAGUCAAAGGCCUUUGUUGUCUGAAAAUACAAGUCUGUUAGACUGCUCAACACAUCCACGUGCUCUUGUUAUGGUAAGACCCGGUGUGUCUGAGUGUGUGUGGAGCUGCGUAGCCCAUAGCCAAAGACAGAGACAGAGCCAACGAGCAUGUACGUAGCAAAACAUCCUUUUGGUGUUUACACAAGAGAGAAAGUGGAAUUGUGGGUAUUAUUUAAGAUAAUAAAAGGUGUGGUGCUGCCACUCUGUCCCGUCUGGGCGCUGAAUGUUAAAACGUGCAAGAUGAAAAGAAAAAUAGUUUUUUUCUGACCCUCAAAGUUCUGCCAUGUCAAUGUUCUGCGUUUACCACAUUUAGUCGCCUUAUACCACCAUGGUAGCAGGGCAGACCACCCACCAAAAUCUAAGACUUGGCUUUGUUAUUUUUGAACCUCUUUUAAUUCAGCAUCAUUGCUUUGAGUAAAGACGUCUGGCAAUCUUGGAGUUCUAGCAUAUGGAAUAGUGUGUUAGUUUCAACUAUUAUAUAGCUAUAAAUCAGAUAUGUGUGAAACUAGAUCCACUAUUAUAAGGAAGGUAGUUCAUGCUGAUAGCGGAGCACAGAAUUUAAGUGGAUAGUAUAUUUUGGAUACUACAGGAAUGCCAGUCAUGUUUCGUUAAUUGCACUGCAUACCAAAGGAUUAGUUCCUUGGCAGGGUUAGCUUCCAAAUUUUGUUCUUCAUUGUCAUAUUUUGUUGAUCUUGUAGGUUGCAUAUUAAAUACUAAUCCUUUGUGGAUACUUUUUUUUUUUUUUUAUUCAGCGAAAUAUUCUCAUCAACACAAAACCUUUAUUUCAGUGUUAUGAAAGAUAUGUUAAUUCAGGCAUGCCUGAUUUCUACGAACGAUGCCGCUCAUUUAAAGCUAUGAUUUCCAUAAAACUUCAGUAUUAAUGUCAAAGCACUGUUUAAGCUGCGCUAAGUGUUUUUAUAACCUCUGGAGCACAGAAACUUUACAGCAAGCUCACGGUAACUUGUUACACAUCCAGCAGAAACAGAGCAACAUGGCUAUUCCAUUGGACAGUAGAGCACAGAGCUGCACAUUGGGUCGUUGAUUCUCAGUGAGAUUGGCAGUACUAGCAUCAAUUUCCCAUUAUAGGCAUUAGACUCGAGUUCAAUUGAAAGCACUGCUUAAUGGAGCGUUAGAUUGUUUUGAUGACACACAGCCGGUCCUCAUGAAGUCUAACCAACAGUCUUUUGAUGGAUACUAAUCUGAUGACAAAAUUGUGACAUGCAGUGUGAUUGCAUUCAUUAACAAAGACUGACACUCAGUUUGUGUGGAUACCUGAACAGCAGG